AUGAUUAUAAUUUAUCGUGCUCUUAUUAAUGGAUAAACUUAUUGGGCCAAGCAUCCUAAAGAUGUCAGGAGUACUGUUGAUCUUGCAGUCUUACUGGCUAGAAGAUAUAUAAGAAAUUGCAUAUUUAGGAGUGGGAUUACUGAAAGAAUCUUUAGGAACUAUAGAUAACUCAACUCUUAAUAGUAUAAUAUAGCUACCCUUUCAAAAAUAAGAGCAGCAUGCAAUAAACGCAUUCUCAUAGCUGCUCCAUUAAUGUACCAGGAGGAUCCUAAUCACCUCAACGAUUUUGCUAUGAAAACUCAUGCAUAAGAAUAUGAUUUGGUUUUUUUGGAUAUGAACGAAGGUAAAAACAUCAACUUUGGCAUUCCAGCAAUUCCACACUUAAUUAAUAUCUGUAAAUGA